AUGCUGCCAGUGUUUGCUGCUCUCUGCCUUUGGCUCGGACCAACUGUCUUGUCGCAGGGAGCACCCUGCGAACGUGUCAGAAUCCCGAUGUGCAAAACAAUGCCAUGGAAUAUCACUCGGAUGCCCAACCACCUUCAUCACAGCACCCAGGAGAAUGCUAUUCUCGCCGUAGAGCAAUAUCAGGAACUGGUGGACACUAACUGCAGUCCAGCGCUGCGCUUCUUUCUCUGUGCGAUGUACGUACCCAUCUGUACCUUCGAGUUCCUUCACGACCCCAUCAAGCCGUGUAAAUCAGUUUGCCAGAGGGCAAGGGACGGUUGCGAACCUAUAAUGAGAAGGUAUAACCACAGCUGGCCGGAAAGUUUGGCGUGCAACGACUUACCUGUCUACGAUCGGGGAGUUUGCAUCUCUCCGGAGGCAAUUGUCACUGAUGGACCCGCAGAUGCGAUGUGGAUGGACAUCACCCGCGAUAUGAUCGUACUGGAGCCUUCCGACUGCAAGAGUUGGAACACAGGUCGUUGUAAAUGUAGAAAAAUUAAACCAACACUAAAAACAUACUUGGAAAAGAACUAUGACUAUGUUAUCCGAGUCAAAGUAAAAGAUGUGAGCAGAAGUGGUUGCAAUGAAAUCACCACGGUGGUGGAGGUUUUACAGACAUUCAAGUCAUUGGCACCUAUCCUGCAGACUCACAUAGCCCUUCUUACCAACUCUUCGUGCUCAUGUCCUCAGCUGCCACAUAACCAUGAUCUGCUCAUUAUGUGCUAUGUGUUGCAUUCACGAUUGAUGCUCUUUAAUGGAUGUUUAGCUGAAAAAUGGAAAGAUCAAUGGUCUAAACGACUUAAGCGCUGGGAACAAAGACUAGAUCAGCAACAGCAGAUGCGUAUCAUGCAAGAAAGAAAGCAAAAUGCAAGAAGCCCAAAGUCAAAUUCAAAGAAUGCAAAUAAAGCUCCUAACAACCCCAGGAAGAUCAACAAAAAUAAAGGCAAGAAGGAAGCCAAGAAAGUAUGAACCAGCAAAUUUUUAUAACUACAAUCAUCUAAUACUCUGGAUGUCAUAAGUUGGUUCAAUAGCAAGUAACAAUCUGCAGAUCAUUUCUACCCAUAAGCACCCCUGUAUUUAUUGUACUAUUGCAUUUCAAAAUUACUGCUUAGCAUCAUUAAAGCACUAAAACUUUACAUUUUCAUAUGCAAAUACUGCUAACCAUGUUCAUUGGUUUGCAUUACAAAAUGGUAGGAUUUCUAUGCCUUCAUCUUUCUCACUUACUAUUUUCUUAGCAAAGAUACGUGUGAUAUCAAUCUCGUUAGUGCAGCUAAUGCUCCUUAAAAUUUGGAUACUUGUGCUAUUGAACCUGUUCUUUUGCUGUAUUGGGUGGGUUGACAAAAUACUCUCUCCAAGUCAACCUCUACAUCUGAAUGGACUCUUCCCAUUUCACAGACCAUGUCAUUGCAAUACAAGAUACUUAGCAUUACUUAUUUAAAAUAUUAUUCUGCUACAACACAGCUUAAUA